AUGAUUUGCACUCAGGGCGACAACGACAAGGAGGACGACAACGUUGUCGAUGGGGCGACAACGACAAGGAGCGUCGCCCCCGUGGGCGACGAGCGGGACUUGAAACACGCCACCUCAUCGUUCGCGACGUUCGUCCAUCUACUCAAGGGCAACAUUGGCCCCGGUAUCCUGAACAUGCCUGAGGCCUUCAUGCACGCGGGGCUCUACGUGGGGCUGAUUGGCAUCCCGGUGAUUGGCGCAAUCUGCAUUCACUGCAUGCAGCUGCUGCUCCACAGCUCCAAGGCGCUGUGUGCGCGGACGGGAGCCUCGGCGCUGAGCUACGAGGGCACCGCGGAGGUGGCGUUCAGCUCAUCCCCCUUCAGGGCCGUACGCCGCCAGGCGGGGGCGGUGCGGGCGACGAUGGCCGCCUUCCUGGUGGUCACGCAACUCGGCUUCUGCUGCGUGUACUUCGUGUUCGUGCCGCAGAACUUGUACCAGGCCAUAGAGUGCAUGACUGGCGGCACCGGCAUAAGCAUGCUGGGCUACAUGAUCAUCAUGCUGGUCCCCGUGCUGCUGCUGUGCUACAUACCCGAGCUCAAGCACCUGACCCCUAUCUCGCUGACGGCGGGGCUGCUCAUGACCCUGGGGUUCAUCUUCACCUUCUACUACCUGGUGCGGGACCUGGGGUCCGAGGGGGCCGUGGCCCGACCCUUCUUCGCGGGCUGGAUGGGCCUGCCCCUCUACUUCAGCAGCGCCAUCUACGCCUUCGAGGGCAUCGGGCUGAUCCUGCCCCUGGAGAACAAGAUGCGUUGCCCUCGCGAGUUCGGCGGCGCCUUCGGUGUCCUCAACACGGGCAUGGCGCUCGUGGUGGUCCUCUUCGCUGCUGUGGGGUACUUUGGGUACCUGCAGUACGGGGACCUGGUACAGGGGUCCAUUACCCUCAACCUGCCCCCCGACGAGACUACAGUCAUGUUGGCCGCCCUCAUACCCAACAUAUGUACAGUCAUGUUGGCCGCCCUCAUACCCAACAUCGGGCUCUUCAUCAACCUGGUGGGGGCGGUGAGCUCGUCCACCCUGGCCAUCAUCUUCCCGCCCAUCGUCCAUCUGGUGACCAUCUGGCCGGAGACUGGCCGCUACAACUACAUCGCCGUCAAAGCGGUUGCCCUCGUCGCGUUCGGGUUGCUGGGCUUCGUCACGGGCAGCUACGCGAGCGUCGUCGCCAUCGUCAACUACUUGGAACAUCCCCACGACCCCGCGCCCCUCGUCUGCUCCUGACGACCCCGCGCCCCUCGUCUGCUCCUGACGACCCCGCGCCCCUCGUCCGCUCCUGUUGAACCUGCAUUCUUUUCUUUAGACUACAAACUCCCUUCGUCGUCAAGAGCUUGUGGUUCGUCAGGUCUUUUCGCUCGGUUUACAAUUAACGUUCAACUCGUGGGGCUCGUGAGACCCAAGUCUUUCUCGAAGAGCCCCAAAUUUCGUGGCCUUCCCAAGAACCACCACCUCACACCACCCCAACAAACGGACAAUCCAAACCCACGGACAUCCCAAUCCCAUUUCUCACUUCCAUUGUCAUCUCGCUACCGUCUUGCUGUAUCCAGCUGUCGGCAACAGGCCAUGGGCCUACUUCUUCAGUGCCGACACUUCUAUUCGAUUCUAUAACCAGAUCUCCGUCACAAAGCUGGCCUAGGGGUAAUUUUAAAGUAACCGAUGAUAGAAUAUCCAGCGCUGCAGAGAGCGCUUUGACCAUCAGCGUAGCGCAUGUGUAAACAUUGAGACAUUAGCAUUAAUUAUAUUAACAAAUUAAUAACUUAACAGUCACGUCCAAAGAAAUCCAUGGCAGGUUUUGUUUACACAUCGCAUGUCAUCAGCCUCGCUGGUCAUAGGAACUGGCCCGCUCAAUUUGUAUUUAUUAGUUUCCAAAUAGAUUUUGAACUGAUAUACCUCUUUUUAUUUUAUAUAUCUCUUUAGUUCUGAUAUAUCUAUCACGAAGAGGGUAUUGUAUCAUAUAAUAUUGUAGAAUGUAUGGCGUAUCGUUGAUUGAAAAAAAUAUUACAAAUAAUUCAUGCCGAAAGAAAGCAGAGAUUUCUACGCCUCUCAUAAACUGAGAACCGGAUAUUGUUUUUAACUGAGAACCCGUUUAUUGUCUAUAACUGAGAACCACAUAUUUUCUUUAACUGAGAACUGUGUAUUGUCUUUAAGUGAGAACCGUAUAUUGUCUUUAAUUGAGAACCGCAUAUUGUCUUUAACGGAGAACCGUAUAUUGUCUUUAACGGAGAACCGUAUAUUGUCUUUAAUUGAGAACCGUAUAUUGUCUCUGACUGAGAACCGUAUAUUGUCUUCAACUGAGAACCCGCAUAUUGUCUUUAACUGAGAACCCGCAUAUUGUCGUUAACUGAGAACCCGUAUAUUUUUUUAACUGAGAACCGUAUAUUGUCUUUAAGUGAGAACCCGUAUAUUGUCUUCAACUGAGAACCCGCAUAUUGUCUUUAACUGAGAACCCGUUUAUUGUCUAUAACUGAGAACCCAGUAUAUUGUCUUUAACUGAGAACCGUACAUUGUCUUUAACUGAGAACCGUUUAUUUUCUUUAAUUGAGAACUGUAUACUCUUUAACUGAGAACCGUAUAUUGUCUUUAACUGAGAACCCGUUUAUUGUCUUUAACUGAGAACCCGUAUAUUGUCUUUAGCUGUGAACCGUAUAUUGCCUUUAACUGAGAACCCGUAUAUUUUCUUUAACUGAGAACCGUAUAUUGCCUUUAACUGAGAACCCGUAUAUUGCCUUUAACUGAGAACCCGUAUAUUGUCUAUGACUGAAGACUCAAACCCCUGUUUUUAUCUAAAAUUAAAGAGUUUUCUGUAAUUGAUAACCCAUAAGUUCUUUGUAACUGAGAACCUGUCGGUAAAUUCCCUGUUAUUGAGAACCCAGAAUUAUUUUCGUUAUUGAGAAUCUAAAAGUUCUAUGUCAUUGAGAACUCGUCCAUAAAUUGUCUGGUAUUAAAGCUCAGCCAAGUUCUUUGUUCUUGAAAAAUGCAACUUUUUAUUUGAAAUUCGAAGUUUUCUUCAUCGAGAAUCUAUACGUUAAUUAGUUCUCCAUGAGAACUUUUGAGUUAUUUCUUGAUCAAAAACUUGCAAGUUUACUCUUAGUGAAAAACCAAGUUUAUUUUUACAGGCCACCAAAAGUUUUUUCUUAUGUAUAACCAUCGAGUUCUUUGUUAUUUAUAACCACAAGUUUUUUUGUUAUUAAUAUUA